AUGGCACGCGACAUCAUGUUCAACCAGGAGCAGCUCAUGAACCAGCAGGAGCUAGAUAAAUACAACACCGCAAUUAAUGCAAUUGAAGAGCAGAUUGGUGCCAGAUGUGGGGCCCAGAACUGCAUAACGCUGAGGAACCUACCUCCCAGCCAGCGCAACUCACAGAAACGGUAUGCCAAUGACUGCGGCACCAGGAUCUCUGCUUCAGUUAGCAAAGCCUGCAACGGCUCCAAGUGGAGUGCUGAUGAGCCAAAACGCUGUCCAAUUGGCGAUAAUGCGCUUGGUGGUGUGUGCGACCCGAAUGGCUUCUGUUACGAUGUUUAUGAAGAGGCUGAGUGGUUUGCAGAUCUCGAGUACAUUCUCGAUUUGUUCACUGAAAAGGAUGGCAUCGACAACUUCAACAAGUUUGCCAAUUGGAUGGAUGUCAAAGCCACAGUGGCUCUGGCCAAAGGCGCCACCCUGAAGAUCCUGGUGCUACAACACAUCAUCAUGGCAUCUGGCAGCACCGCCAGGAACGCUGAACUCAUUGUAUUUGCCAACCGUGUUGCCAACCGGUUGCAAAGUCGCGUCGAUUUCCACCUGACCAAAACCAACUUAGAAAAGGUUGUGCGUGCCUACACCAACCCAACCGACCUCAACUAUCAGGACAGCAUGGCCAGCAUGGAGUGGCCUCAGGCUGACUUUAGAGAGUGCAAGCGCGAUCCACCCACCGACUUCUGCUUCUUUGGAUUAUGUACUUACACGUUUGAGUAUAGCUUCCGUUUUGCGCUGGACAAAAAGAUUAAAAUGAAUCAAUGGUGGGACUUUUCGGAUCUGGCCGCCUCAAGCUGUGGCUAUGCAAACAAGGCCCGGGACGGCAUCGCCCGGGGGGUAGAGUUGCUCUGGAAGGAAGUGGACAAGAGCCUGGUGGAUGUCAAAUCGAUCAUCCAAGACCUUCGAAUCCUCUCCAGUGACGGCGGCAUGCCUGCAGCCUGCAACCGGCGUGGUCGGUGCACCACGUGCCCGGUUCUGGGAGCUUUCAUGAAGGACAAGAUGUGCUACCUCUGCCCCGAGAAGUGCUUGCGGUGCACCCUCCAGACGGGCGUGUGCACGUCUUGCAAGAAGGGCUUCGUCCUGCUUGCAAAGGAUAACGUUUGCUUGCCAGCCCUAGGCUAA